ACGCUUUCUCAAAUUUCAGUGUAAAGUAGGGUAGAUGGCAGAUUUUAGAUUUAUUUCUUGGAAUAUCAAAGGGAUGGGUAACCCUAUUAAAAGGUCAAAAAUAUUUUCACAUUUGAAAAGACUAAAUUCCGAUAUUGUUUUCCUACAGGAGACGCACUUGAGAAAUCAAGAUCAUCCAAAGCUUAAAUGUCCCUGGAUUACAUGGACAGCCCACCAUGCAAGCAGAGCUGGAGAUAUGCAGCCAGCUGAAAUCAGGCAAGAGUCUCUGGUCAGUUACCUACCUCUUAGCCACAUUGCUGCCCAGAUCUACGAUCUUUGGACAGGGAUAAAGUGGGGGGAGCAAAUUUCCUUUGCUCAGCCAGAUGCUCUAAAGGGGACUUUGGUGGACUCGCUACGAGAGGUUAGUCCCACAGCCCACAUGGGUGUUCCCCGUGUCUGGGAGAAAAUUAUGGAAAAGAUCAAAGAAGGCAUUUCAAGGUGUGGAUAUAUGAAAAGAAAAAUGGUAACCUGGGCCAUGUCAGUUAGCUUGGAUGCUAAUCAAAGACUUACAAAGGAUGAAGAGAAGUCAUUUCUUUUUAAUCUUGCUGAAAAAUUAAUCUUGCAGAAGCUUCGUGCCGAGCUUGGUUUCUCCAGUUGUGUGAAGUUCUUUUCAGGUGCAGCACCUAUUGGAAGGGAAACCCUUCAAUUUUUCCUUGGCCUCAACAUUCGGCUUUAUGAAGCCUAUGGAAUGAGUGAAAGCUCAGGACCCCAUUUUAUGUCUGGACCAAAAGCUUACCAGUUUCUAAGCUGUGGUAAAGUGGUUCCAGGGUGCCAGUACAAACUAAUAAACAUAAAUGCUGAUGGAUCUGGUGAAGUAUGUUUCUGGGGCCGCAAUGUCUUUAUGGGUUUUCUUAACCUGGAGGAUAAAACAAAGGAGGCUUUGGAUGAAGAUGGAUGGCUCCACUCUGGAGACCUGGGAAAGGUAGAUGAAGACGGAUUUAUUUACAUUAAUGGAAGAAUAAAAGAGCUCAUUAUUACUGCCGGAGGAGAAAAUAUUCCACCACUACCCAUUGAGGAUGCUGUGAAACAGGAGUUGUCAAUCAUUAGCAAUGCCAUGCUAAUUGGUGACGAAAGGAAAUUUCUGUCCAUGCUGCUAACACUAAAGUGUACAGUCAAUCCAGAGACCACUGAGCCCACUGACAUUCUUAGCUUGGAGGCUGUAGAAUUCUGUCAGAAGAUUGGUAGCCAAUCAACAAAACUGUCAGAUAUCACUGGAGGAAAAGACAAGUUAGUGUACAAGUCCAUUGAAGAUGGUAUUGGACAGGUCAAUUCAAAAGCAACCUCAAAUGCUCAGCGUAUACAAAAAUGGACCAUAUUAGAAAAAGAUUUCUCGGUUGCUGGAGGAGAACUAGGUCCUACAAUGAAGGUACGCCGGCCAGUGGUUUUGCAGAUGUAUCACAGUGAAAUAGAGAAUUUUUACAGAGAAUAGAAGUCGCCCAGAAUGGAUGCAUCUCAGUUGCUUUUUUAUAUCAAAUCAAAUUGCAACACUUGUGCACCAGUUUAAAAAGGUUACUCAGAGGUCCCAUUAUAAAAUAUCUGCCACAGAAUGGUCAUAAGGAUAUUCAUUAAAUAAUAAUAAAUUUUCAGGACAUUAAUCCUUUAAAUUUGCUUAUUUAAAAUCUGUUGUUUUAAUGAAAAGAAAAAAAAAAAGGUAAUUAGAAGGAGUCAAAACCCAUCAAACCAUUUUAUGUUUAAUAGACAUCUAAUAAACAUCUAAACAUAGACAGCUUGGCUAAAACAAGGCUGAACUUGGGCUGUCAGUGAAAAUCUAAUAGACAUCUAAUGGACAUCAAAUAAACAGAUCAGAAAGA